AUGCCUCACCCUCUUCUUCAGACCGAGACCGACCACACCGCCCCUAAGCCUUCCAUCACCCUCACCACCCCUUCCCCCAUCACCACCACUCCCCUCCACCCCAAGCGCAACCCAAUCUAUCUCCGCUCCUUUCUCCGCUUCGCCAUCGGCGCCGCUGCAACAUCCUCCAAUGAAUUCAUCAGCCUGCGCGUCAUGAAGCACGACCCCGUCCUCAACACCUACGCCCUCAUCCCCUUGGCGCAAUCUCGCCUCAGAAAGCCCGGUGAUAUCGAAGUCGUCGUCAUCACCGCCGAGGAAAUGAAGAAGAUGCCUGAUCGCUUUGGAGGCAAGAUCACCAAGGAAUCUACUACCCGCACUGGUCCGAGUCUCGCGGAGUUUCCGGUCUUUGGAUACACGGUUCCUGAGUUUGGGGAUUUAAAGGACCAGGGGCUGGAGGUGCUGGCGUGGAGGGUUUUUGGGAGUGGGGAUAAGGUGUUUAUGGAUACUGAUGGGUAUGGACUCCCGGGCGUGUCGGGCAUGAUUCAGGCUUGGUUUGAGCGUAUUUGA